CCAAACGGCCUGGCUGCUCGACCACGACUCGACCCUCAUUUGCGUGAGUGCCUGGAAUGAUCUGAGCAGUUUACACGUGGCUCACGACCCUACGUUGCUGCGCCGCGUGGAGACCCUGCCUGGCCUGGGAUGGAUGCUCACGAGGCGUCUGGCUGAGGAACUUCUGCAGGCUUGGCAGACGAAGAAGAAGGACCAAGACUGGGACAUCUGGGCGCGCGGAAUGGGCGUCAUCGGUGGGCGUGAGUGUGUGGUGCCAGACGUCAGCAGGACUUUCCACAUAGGCCUAUCGGGCGCCCAUAACCCAGGCCUAAUUCACGCCGCUUUUUUCUCCGCCAGGCCUAUGCCGGCAGAGGCCUACGUUAGACUGAAAAAUGUUGAAAGACUGACUUUCGAGAAAUACGAGGAGGACAUCUAUUCCCUGCUUGAGGAUGACCCUCUUUUCCUCGACACAGAACUCCACCCUUGUAGCGAACAUUAUUUGCCUCGUAAUAUCACGGAAAAACCGGUCGUGAUCUUCAUCGAGAUGGUCACCGGCAUCGACUACUUGGCCUGGAAAUACUUCGCUAGGUGCCUGGGCGUCUGGGACCAGGACAUAAGGGCCAUGCACCGCGGUCUUUUCUGGCUCUAUUUCUACGAGACGCAGGUGAUGGUCAUUGGAUAUCCUUACAGCGACUAUAGUCCGUACAAGCCACCGGGAAUCGAAGUCCUACGCGUGGUCAACCCGAAGGACAUCGACAAGCUGGACCUAGUGGCGCCCUCCAACCGACACCGCUUCAGAAGGCCGGAGCUCGAGUCCUUGGUCCCCUUUUUGGACACGGCCUUACCUGUUCUCCAUCCCUAACUGGAGCUGCGUGCUGGCCUUUCCGCUGGUCUGUAGGACUUGGUUGAAGCCAGUUCCUUGUAAAAUAUGUGUGGCGUUUCAUAUUUGUCAAGUGUUUUAUUUCUUUAUUUAGAGUAUAUUUGUUUGUUGGGUGAAUGUUGAGUGUAUAUCUUGUGUAAUGUGGAGAGGAAAACCUUGACACGUUUGUAAUGAGGGAUUCUUUCCUUUGGUGUUCUUGAAGUAAUGAGAUGCGUAUGGAAGGGUAAUGAAGUCUCAUAUCCUAGUGGGAUCGUUUAGUACCUGUCACUUAUCGGGUCAUAACCAACUUUUUUGUGUGUGUGUGUGUGUGUGUCCAUCCGUCUUUAUCAACUUAAUUUUGUGUGUUCAUGUAUCUUUAUAAGUUUUAUAAGUUAUUUUUUAAAUUAUAUUCACCAGUUGCUAUAUAUAACAUAUGUAUAUAGACAUAGUGUUAGGACAUCUUUGCUUUUCAUUAAGAUUAACCAAUAAAGACCAUUAUUCCCUUCGUAUGAGAUUAUGAUACCUGAAUGCACGAAAGGUAAUGAAUAACUAUUUAAGAUUUUAUUAGCUAACCCCUAAAAACAUUUUCUGUAAAAUAAAUAUACCGACAGAAAACGAAAUUAUUUUUUAUGUGUAAGGUAAACUCGUAUAUAUUGCGCUUUUGAGAUAUUUUGAGAUAUUUCAAAACACUUUUGAGAUAUUUCAAAAGUCUUGAUUGAUUAGUUAUUAUCCCAAGCACGAA